ACACUUCGAGGGAACAACGGUGAACAUGUCGACUGCACAAUGCUCACCAGCUGAACCCCAUCAUCGCCAUCAAUCGUCCCUCGAGGGAGUGAUUGAUUCGUGCGCAGCAACUCCGCCGCUCAGCCCCGAACAACGACAGGAUUGGACGCGUGUUUUUACUGCAGUAAUCGACGCAUGCGAACCGUUGCAAGAUCCGAAGCCAUACAAACCCAUCACUCUCGUACGAUUGACCUACGAAUUCGCGCGAUCCGAAACAUCCAAGGACAACUUUCUGCGCUUCUUCUUCCGACAUACAGAGAUCUCGAGUGAUGUUUCGCCGUCGGAAUCGACCCCUGCGUCCGAACACGUACCAAGAUUGGUAGAUUUCGCACAGACGCUUUUUGAGAACUUCUUCCUUCCCUUGAGAGCUACAACGAAAAAAACCCCUCAACCUUCGCCUGCGAUCCUUUCCGACGUGCAAAGUGUACAUACCAUCGCCGGAACUACCGACCGGCUGGCUGCUUUGAGAGGUGAAUGCCUUAUACGUGAUCAUUAUCGCUGUGUCAUCUCACGCACAUUUGACCGUGAUCAAAUGAGGACGCGUGUGUCUCGGGAUGGCGCGGAGAACGCACAAGACGAUGAAGGAAAUCUCCUGUCUGAAGAAAGAGGCACGUUUACUACGUUGGAGGUGGCACAUAUUAUGCCUCACUCGUUAAUGACUCUUUCAAGUGGGAAGACAGAGUUGGAUGAGUCAAAAAGACUAGCGCUUGCAAUCUUGAACAUGUUCGACGAUGGCGUGGUACAUCUGAUUGAAGGCGUUAACAUCGACCGCCCACGCAAUGCGAUCACAUUGACUCAUGAUUUCCAUGACCUUUUUGGCAGGUUCGAGGCCUAUUUUGAGGCCACAGGAAACGAACAACAUACCUACCGCAUCGACUCAACCGACACUGGCAUAGGACGCCAUCCGCUUUUCCCUGUCACUCGUACACUUUUCCUGACUGACACCCGAACGAUUGAUCCUCCUUCUCCACGAUUACUUGCUAUCCACGCGGCCAUUGCAAAGAUACUUCACAUGAGCGCUGCCGGCAGCUAUAUUGACAGUAUCCUUUACGACCUUGACAAGGGAGGAAUCUCUGUGGAUGGGUCAACUCCGUUGGGCCAUUUCACUGCUUUACGGAUUCAUGGCUGGGUGGAUGGGCGGAUUCGUGUCUGCUGAUUAUUCUGCACAUAUGUGUGUUUGGAAUGAAUGUCUGAUUAACUUAUCGAUAUGCUUAUGAGAAAUGCGAGCGCUGGUGUUAUGGAGUUCCUCACUAUCACGACUAUGGGUUACAGUACAAAGGAGCGUGUUCUGAGAAGGUAUCAAGGCCGCAGCGCAGGCUCGUGUCUGUGUGGGCGCAGGCCGAGGUAAAUAGCACUAGUCACAUGAUCGGGAUCCUGUAUUGUUACAAUUAUUUGGAGUUUACUGUGUUUCCCCUCACCAUUGACCAGCCAAAGUUUUAGCUGCUUUGUUCUCUUGCACCUGCGCCCACACCAGAAGAGACUGCGCUGCGGCAUCAACAACACCUACAAACCAAAAGGCUCUCCUUCGUACUGAAUUCUUCAGUCGUGUUUCCAACCCAUGGUUGUGACAUCUCUGAUGGUCAAGAUAUCUCAUUCUUUAGCAAAGCCCUUAUCUUGGGCAUCAAUAUCUUGCUUAAGUAAGAACUCUACGGUGGGAGAAAAGAGAGAACUAAGUGUGCCUAGUAGAGAGAAGAGAGAGAACUGGGUGUGCCUGGCAGGGAGAAAAGAGAGAACUGAAUGUGCCUGGCAAAACACCAAGCAGUCUCUGUGGGAGUAAGAUCACAGCAACGAAUGCUCGACAUUGCAAAAGGCAACUUUACAAAAGGUAACAUUGUAGAAUGCAACAUGACAACAUUGUAGAAGGCCACAUGGAAAUAUUGCAAAGAGCAACUUUACAAAGGUCAACAUGGCAUUGUUGCAAAAGGCAAUAUGGCAAGAGGCAACCUGACAAAAGGUAACAUUGUAGAAGACAACACGGCAAACUGGGCAAAAAGGCACCAUCACAGAAUGGGCAAAAAGACAACGGGGCAAAAGGCGACAGAGCAAAAGGCGACAGGGCAAAAGACGACAGGGCAAAAAGGUGACAGGGCAAAAGGGAAUCUGCUGGCCUCACUUUGGGUAAUCAAACGCCUUGCUGGAGUGACAGGACUUUGUGAUGGGACGAACAAGAGACUGAAUGCAAUGUCGUAAAGUGGAAACAUUGCGGAAUGAAACAUUGCAAGAUGCAAUCUGCUGGCCUCACUUUGGGGCAUCCAUAUCUUGUUGACGUGAGGACCCCUGCGUGAUAGGGAGGAACAAGGGACUGAAUGCAAUAUUGCAAAAGGCAACACAUUGUAAGAAGGCAGCAUUGUAGAAUGAAAUUUUCUGGCCUCGCCUUGGGCAUCAACAUAGCAAAGUAGCUGCAUGGUAUGAAGGG